AUGACCUACAAAAACACGACCGUCAUUCCCAACCCGAGAGUAGACACCGCCCCUGUCAGGUUCAAUCUCGUGCAAUCGCUGGGCGACAUUUUGUACGUGUAUCUGUAUUUGAGGAAUUUAACCAUAAAAUUAGGAAGUGAUCCGAACAGCGGACGCAACAUACUUGAUGCGGCCAGAUCUGCAGAAAUUAACGAUAAAACCGAAAAAAUAAAAUUCAACGGGGAUGGAGACAGACUGAUGUACUUUUACGUUUGGUCGUUGAGCUCCAACGCAAGUACAUACACACCCUACAUGGAGAUCAAUCUGACGGCUGAUAACAAAUACUCGGUUACGAACAUAAUAGGCUACGAGACGUGGGAAACAAAGAACAAGGUGCCAGCCGAUACCCCUGUUUGUGGCUUCUUGGAUGAGCUCUGCAUUCAAAAAUCAGGUUGCUAUUUACAUUAUUAUCCGUAG